AUGGCCACAGACGAAUUAGCAGAAAUCGAAGGAAUCAAGCCGAACAUAUGGCUCAACGACGGCGAAGAAAAGGAAGUCGGCUCUCAGACCAGCAAAUCGGUGUACAAGUGCAAGAGAACGUUCGACCAUUACUACUGUACUUGCCCGGCGUGGAGAAAUCAGUCUCGCGUUCCCGUGAAUGCUCGUUCGUGUAAACACCUCAAGUCAUUGCUGGGGGACAGCUACGAAGAGGCCCGCAUUAGACUCAAGAAUCCUGACGCGCCCCCACCUAAGGGCAAACCUGCUUCCAAGGCUAAAAAGCCUGCUUCGACCUCCAAGUCCUCCGCGAGCAACUCGAAGGCCGCGCAGAAGCCUGCUUCCAAACGCAAGCGCGCUGUCGAGGAUGAUGUCGAAGAAGAGGACGCCGAGGAGGAUAAACAGCCCGUCAAGAAACGCACCCGCAGUAAACCUGAAUCGACGGCGUCGAAUGCUACGACUAAAGAUGCUGCUAAAGUAGCGUCCUCAAAGGAAGAAGACGACGUCAAGAUGGAUGCCAUUCAAGAAGAAGUUAAAGGAGGUGACGGUGACGACGCGGCGGAAGACGAACUUGCGUCAAUCAACGGCGUUAAACCCAAGAUCCUCAUGGCUGACGGCGAGGAAAAGGAGGUCAGCUCCUUGACUAGCAACUCCAAGUACAAAAUCAAACGAACCUGGGAUCAUUACUACUGCUCAUGCCCCGCUUGGCGAAAUCAGGGCGGCAUGCCCGUGAAUGCGCGGACGUGCAAGCACCUUAAGGAGCUCCUAGGCGAUAAAUAUGAGAUAGCUCGCCUCAAAUACAAGAACCCCGACGGGCCUGACCCAACUGGCAAGAGCAAGCCAGCGUCCAAGGCCAAGGCGGCGAAAGGUAAACAGCGCGCCAAAGCUGACGACGAUGCCGAAGACGACGAUGACGAGGCUGGGGACGGCAAUGGUGGUGGGGCAAAGAACAUCCCCGAGCUGCUCCUUGCCGUCAAGUGGGAUCUUGAAACUGGCCCAGACCCCACCGGUUGGUGGAUUUCAGAGAAGUUGGAUGGGGUUCGCGCUUUUUAUGACGGCACUAGGAUGAUUAGCCGGCUCGGCAAUCCAUUUACGCCACCUGCGUGGUUCUUGGAUGCUCUGCCGAAGGACGUCACCCUAGAUGGGGAAUUGUUCGGUGGGCGAGGUGAAUUUCAGUCCACCGUAUCGGUUGUGAAGACCAUCAAUUCGCCUCAUUGGAAGGGUAUCUCUUUUCAAGUAUUCGACGUGCCUUCAAAGGCCGACCUGCCGUUCGAGGAACGGCUUUCAUACCUCGAGGCCACGUUUGGCGAGAACGGUACCCAUGCCUCCAAGCAUGUGGUAGUGGUUGCCCAUGACGAAGCCAAAGAUCGUGAACACGUCUUAGAAAAACUCAAAGAAAUCGAGGGCUUAGGAGGUGAAGGGCUGAUGCUCCGUAAGCCUCGGAGUCCAUACGAGGGUAGGCGGUCAAACACCCUGCUGAAAAUCAAGACGUUCUAUGAUGCGGAGGCCAUCGUUACCGGCUACGAGCCCGGUAAAGGGCGGAACAAGGGCGUGGCUGGCGCACUUAAGUGCAAGAUGGCGUCGGGAAAGACGUUUAGUGUAGGGACCGGCUUGAGCGAUAAGCAGCGUCGGGAUCCGCCUAAGAUUGGAGCAAUCAUCACGUACCGCUUCUUCGAGCUCACGAGAGACGGCGUACCUAGAUUUCCUUCGUAUAUUGGUGAGGCGGUCGAUAAGGACGAACCCAAGGAUGCCGAGAUCUCGAAAGGAGGGAAAUUUGGUGCGGACAAAGAUGCGGGAGAUUGA